AUGGACCAAUCCCACUAUAUUCGCACGCAAGAAUACACAUCUACCCCGCGGUAUCCGAGCACCAGCUCCCCCGCGUUAAGCAACUUCUACGGAUUCAGCGGCGCGGGGGAAACAGACACAGUAAUCGUGGACACAAAGUCGCUAGACCGAUCAACGCACGAAUUCGCCGAAGGCGAGUUCGUCUGCACGAACUUCUUCAACCGCGUCAAUCUAGGCGGGUUCACGCGCCGCUUCAACUCCUCCAAUGGAGCUACGAAAUGCGCCGGCAGGCGCAGUCCAUUCUGCCUUUCUUAUCACUGGGUCCUUCUUCGUGUUUACGGGACCGCGAUUACAUUCGCAGCGCGUCUUGUUUCUGGUGAUAAAGCUGCUGCAGAGUUAGGCAUUAUGGCGGAUACGAUCGACGUGCUCGAUAAUCAAGAGUUGAUCUCUGCUUUUCCGCGUGCUAUCCGCCGUAUCAAUGAUCACCUCGCUGGCACAGAUACGGAUCCUAACUCCAUGGCCUCGGAAGACCAUCAUAAGAGGAAGGUAUUGGUGUUCUGUGAAUCGGGGAAUGAACGUUCAGCCGGUGUUGUCAUCGCCUACAUCAUGGUCAUGCUCAAUGUCGACGUUGUCGAAGCUAUCCACAUGAUCCAGCAGCGUCGGUUCUGUUCUUCCAUCGAGGAUCCGAUGAAGCGUAUCCUGGAGGCCUUUGGCUCGAUUUUAUCUGCAAAGCGUGAUGUCGAACGGUCUAGGCAUGUUGCUGCUCCGCGUGGAGCUGCGACUCUGGCGCCUCCGUCUCCGCCGCAGGUUCUUACGAAGAAGAGGAGUUUCCAGGAUCAUAGAGAUGAUGACCUUGCUCUUGGGGACGGGGAGAUGGAUGUUGAUGGGGUAGAGGAUGCUUGGUUUUCUGAGCGGAAGCCGAAUGCUCCAUUCCAAGACCGCAUUGUGUGA